UUACAGAUUCAUCCUGAACAGCAGAGGUCGCUGUUUCCUCUUUAUGCCUCGCGUUCACUAAACGGAAGCGUUUUCCACAGAUUUCCUAAAAAAUUGUUGUUUACAUGCUCCCAUCCUCUCUCGUGUUUUAGUGGCUUUGGGAGCCUAAUCUGCGGCAGAAUGAGCGCCAUUCAGCUGCUGCGGAUGUCGGUGCAUCAGCGGAUCAGCGCCGCCGCUGAGGACGUCCUACAGCAGCUGGAAAACGGGGAGAAAGCGGUCAGACUCCGGACGCAGAGAGCAGUGAUAACCGCGCGGCUAACAGCUACCGCGGAGGAAAUCUUCGGACUGUUUAAGGAAACUUUAGCGGGGUACGAAGAGAGACUGCGGCAGUCCGAGCAGGAGAUAUGCCUCCAGAGAAAGCAGCUGGAUGCUCUGCUGAAACCUGAAGUCAGACUGCAAAGAUCGGAGCAAAUGGAGGCUUUUAAAGCCGCAGGAUCCGCUGCGGCCAGCGCUUACUCAUCCAGUUCCGGUCAACUUCACAAUAAAAGCCCUGCAGAUCAGAGUGAAGAGGAAGUUGAAGACACAGGCCUUCUGAAGAUAGUGACCCUGGACGACUGUAGCCUGCCAGCCCAGUUCGACUCAGCGGACCUGAAUCCGCUCGAUUCUGAGAACGUCAGCGAUGCUUCCUGCCCGUCAUCGCCAAUCUCCUCUUCUCCAUCCUACCACCUGGAGGCCUCUACGUGCACCGACGACGACGACGACUGGACGGAGAGUCAGUCUCUCAGGUCAGAGGGCAAAAGGAAAAAGAAGAGAGGUCGACCUUUCAGAUCCGUCGAGAAAGUGGAAGGAAGUCCGCCUCUCGGAUCUGCUGGGAAGAAGAAACGAGGACGACCUCUUGGAUCUUUGGGCAAAAAGAAGAGAGAACUUCUUGGUCUUGAACCUUUAGUCAUUGUGAAAAAGCGAAAGCGCAGUCCUCCUACAGAGCAUUUCAGCUGCCAUGUCUGCGGACGCCUCUGUCCGGGGAAAGGCUUCCUGCUGCAGCACGCGCUGCGUGUCUGCGGCAGCAAUCCAGACCAGCGCUGUGGCUUCUGCGGCGAGCUUUCAGACUCUGCUGAUGGUCUGAUGGCUCACCUGCAGGCUCACCAGCAGAACACAAAAAAGUGCUCCAUCUGCAAGAAGACGUUCACCUCCAUCAGGGCUCAGGAGCUGCACUUCCGCAUCCACACCGGGGAGAAGCCGCAUGAAUGCCCCGAAUGCGGCAGAAUGUUCCGGCAGAAAAGCAACCUGAUGUCUCACAUGCUGGUUCACGCGGCAGAGAAACCGUUCAAAUGUAAAGAGUGCCCACGCGCCUUCUGCCACAUGACGUCGCUGGAGCGCCACAUGGAGGAGCACAACAACGCGCUCAUCCUCUCCUGCAGCAUCUGCAGUCAGGAGUUCAGCAAGCGGAAGGACCUGCGGAAACACAUGGCGACCAAUCACGAGGACAGCGUCCCUAAAGCGAGUAAAAACCGCACAUCUGUGUUGACCAACUGCAAGGUGUGUGGGGAAGCUUUUGACCGGAAGAUCCUGCUAGUCAGGCAUGCUGGGACUCACGCGCGGGAGCCCAACUGCUGCUGCGGUGUUUGUGGGAAUCUGUGCGACUCCAUCGACAGCCUCAACGCUCAUCUGCGCUUCCACCGGGUCGCCGCCAGGACCUGCGAAACCUGCGGGAAAUCCUUCCCCGGCCGAUCGGCGCUGCUGAUGCACCUGAGGAUUCAUACCGGGGAGAAACCCUUCAGUUGCAGCUUCUGCGACAAGGCCUUCAACCAGAUCGGCAACCUGAAGAUGCACCUGAAGAUCCACACGGGCGAGCGCGCUUUCUCCUGCAGCAUUUGCGGGAAGGGCUUCACCCAGAAGAACAGCCUGGACACACACGUCCGCUUCCACAACAAGGAGAGGCGCUUCCUGUGCCAGGUGUGCGGGAAGGGCUUCAUGCAGGACGUGGACCUGAAGAGGCACAUCCUGGUCCACACCGGGGAGAAGCCGUACGAGUGCAGGGUCUGCGGGAAGAGCUUCCAGGCCAGGCGCUCACUCAACGGUCACCUCAAGGUUCAUGAAGCCGGCGGGAUGGCGGGCGUCACCGAGGACCAGAGGAUGGACAGCUUCUUCUCUGGACCCUUCCAGCUGUAGGUCAGAAACUAAAAAUAGGGCUGAGCACAGCGGCUUAAAAAUUAAAUCUCUGAUAUGAUCAAACCCAAUCUGAUUUCUAAUUUUAUUCAACGUUUUUCUCUAAAAACCGAAUUACAGAUAUCAGAAAACAUUUUCAAAAAAGUCGCCUUUUCUUUGAUUAUACCUUUUGUGAGUUUUACAAAGGAGAAUUAGGGCCAGGCUGCCAGAAUUUUAGCUUAGUUACAAGAAGGUGCAGUUUUACUAGACAAAACAUCUAAAUAUUACGAGAAAAGCGUGAUUUUAAUUUGAUAAAGUUAUCAAGAUUUGUUGUGGUUCUUUUUCCAAAAUGGACUGAGUUGUUUGCUCAUCAUUUCAAAGUCCUGUUACUGAUUAAAAAAUUUAGUAUUACUAUUAAAUAUUAUCUGUAAAGCGUAUUCUAAAGAAUAAUUUUACUAGAUGCUCAGCAUUUCUCAUUUAAUUUUAAACUUUUUUUUUCAUGUUGGAGUUCUCAUCAAGUUACGACUUUAUUCUCGUGAUUCAAAAACCAGUCUCAGCCUGACCCUAACACUGUUGUAGAGUUGACCUGAAUUCAAAGUCCAAAUAAAUAAAACAAGAUGGCCGCCCUGGGCAGGCUGACAUCACUCUGAACUAUGGAAACUCACAGAGUGGAUUGAUGGAAAAAAUCCAGAUUUUCCAAAAAACUUUACACCAGUUUUAUCUUGCUGUUAUUCUUAUUCUUAUUCUUUUUUUGUUUAACUAUAAACUUAUAAAAGCAGGAAAAAUGCUAGAUUCUUAAAAACAGUUUUCAGGAAAACUUUCCAGCAGGAAAGGGAGGAAUCAGCAGAUAAUCCCCCUAAAAGAGACAAUAGAAAUAAAAGCAAGAUUUUUAAAAUAAUUUGUAAUUUUGUUUUAAUGAAAAGAAAGGUGAAAAAAUAUUAAAAUUGGAAAUUGGAAUUGGUAUAAUUUUUUAAAAUGAUUUUUAAGUCAGUCUUUUUGCUGCUGCACACAAUGAAGAGCUGCAGCAGAAAUUAAAAUCCUUCACUAAACAUGAAGCAAAAGGAGUUUUUCAACUCGGUACUGAAACUGAGCUGAUAAAUAAUAAUCAAUAAUUUGUUGAAUCAGAUUUUUUUUAGUGUAAACAUGGAAUAAAUUGAUCAAACCCUGAAGUGGAAAAAUAAUUCAAAAAGCAAACAAAACCCAUUUCACUGUCAGUUUAAUAAUUUAAACCAUUAUUUGAAUUUAGCGUUAGCAUCUCAGCAUUCCUGUAACUGUUACUUUACUUUCACCGUAACGAUAAACUGACUGAAACAAGGUUGAGAGAAUAACGAAAUGGAGGCAGGAUGCAGAAGUUAGAAAAGUUAAACAUUUUCUAAAGAUUUUAUGUUUGCUAUUAGUGAAAAUAUUUGAUUGCAAAGUCAAAAUAAACUGAUAAGCAUUGAGUUAAGUACAUUUAUUCUGCCAAAUUAUAAUUUAUUGGGAUUAUACGGGACUACAAAUUGGUGGAGGGAUAAAUUAACCCUGAGAAGACAUUAGGACAUCUGUUAAAUCUCAAGGUAAUAAAUGAGGUUCAUAUAGUCGGACCAUCUCAGUGCAGCUCACAGUUGGAUCUCUUGGAUAUAAAAACCAGAAUCAGUAACUGGUGUGAAAGUAAAACUGUUCUCUGGUUUGUUCAGUUUUUUUUUUUUUUUUUUUUUUUUACUUUAAUGUAAAACCAGUUUGGAGCAUCAAGAGCUUCCAGUAGAAGCUGCAAGCAUAAGACUGAUUUUAUUAAUCUUCUGUUUGACAUUUUGUCCCACAGUUGAUGCAUUUUUUUUACAAUUUCAGACAAUAUGUAAAUAUUUCUGUUUUAUUUAGUCAAAUGUUUCGAUUUGGUGAUUUUGUUCAUCUCUCCUAAUUAUAAUUGCCUUAAGUUUUAGGCUGGAAUUGGAUGAAUUGGAUCUCUGGUGCUCAUUAUUAUAUCUACACUGUAAAAACAAACUCUUACUAAGUAUUUUUGGUCUAGUUUCUAGUAAAAAAUAUCUUGCUACAUUUGAAAUAACUAAAUUACAAAUAAUUUUUCAGCAAGAUAAAGGAAUGUGUUUUAAGUAAAUAAUUCCUUAAUUUCGUGAAAAAGUAGUUAUUAUUUCACUUAAUACAAGACAUUUUUUCAUGUUAGAAGUGAAAUAAACUCCCAGUGUAAUUUGUAUGUUUUAAUUAAUACUAAAUAACUAUUAACUUAAGAUCUUAUAUCUUGCUGAAAAGUUACCUAUAAAUUAGUUUUGUCAUAUUUAAAGUGUUCAAAUAUUUUCACUAGAAACUAAACCAAAAAUACUUGGUAAGAUUUUGUGUUUUUACAGUGUAUAAGCUGAAACAAGUUAAAAACUGACUAGAUUUUAAUUUCUACUUAAAUAAAUCGUUUUCUUUUCUAAAUAAUCAAAAUACUGAGCAUUGAUCUUAAUCUGUGAUGCAGCUUUUGCUUCUUGUUUCUUUUACUUUAAAUAAUAUUAUGAAGGUUUUAUAAUAGAAGCAGUUGAAUGUGUUUGUUUUUCAUUUAUUGGCAUGCAGUCUCUGUUUUUUCUAAAGACUCAAUGCUGAAGGAUUCUUCAUGAAUUCAGCAGAAAGUUCCUCUGAACCUGGUUUAACCAAAAACCGACAUUUAAAGCCGUCACAGGUCGUGUGAUAUGUUGAUUGUUAAAGUUUUUUUAUAUGUUGUUGGACAUUAAAAGCGACUCUGGGCCCAUUUUGAGCCUCAUCACCCUGACCGGUGAUCAAACAGUAGGAAACUCAAAAAUCCUGUCUUGUUUUCAACCAGUGAAUGCAUCUAAAUGCUACCAGGUUCUGGUAGCAACACUCUUCAGUGUGGAAAAUGUUACUGAGUGAGGAAAACUGUUUGGUUAGGAUGUUUUUCCUUAAUAAACGUUCGUCAAUCAUUUG